ACCAGAGGUAGGCCUAGGGCCCCAAGUGCUCGAUCUUCUUCUGUUGAACCGGGUGCCAUUGGUAGAUCAAGACGGCAAUCAUGCUCUCCUUCAGGAGGACGUCUCCCAAAUGGUAACAUGCAUUUAAGUGGCAGCUCUGUACCUGCAGUAAGUCGUGGAUAUUCCAAAGUUAGUGACAACGUGAGUCCUGUUGUUAUUGGAACUAAAAUGGUUGAGAGGGUGAUAAACAUGCGGAAAUUGGCACCACUCAAGCCAGAUGAUAAACAUUCUCUCCACGGUAACUCGUCCACGAAAUCUGAAUCACCAGAUAGUUCAGGCUUUGGAAGAACACUUUCAAAGAAAUCACUGGAUAUGGAUAUAAGGCGAAGCAUUCCUGGUAAUUUGCGGCCAUUGAUGACGAAUAUUCCUGCAUCAUCUAUGUAAGUGUGAGAUCUGGUCAUUCAAGAGGCAGAACAAUUAAUGUCUCAGACUCCCCUCUUGCUACAAGCAGUAAUGGUAGUUCAGAGCUUAGCAUAAAUAACAACAGGAAUUGUUUAGACGGGAGUGAAGUAGAAGAUGACAUCGGCUGCGAGAGAGUUGGUCGAUCCCCUACCAGUGUUCAUGCCAGAUGAUAGUCGGUGCGUUCAACCAUGAGAUAUGGGCCAUACAUUAUUGUUUUAAGUUCUCCAAGAUUUAACAUUUGGUGGAGAGAACUUAUU